UGGAGACGUGGCCUCAGGGCGAGUUAAAGCAGCCUGUCCAGAGGAGUGUCAAAGUUUUGUUGUCUGCAGUGAAGUGCAAACGUGAGUGUAGGAGACGGUUUGUUUUUGUUGGAAGCUAUGGCUGAAGAUGUCAUCAAAGGUGGACAGGCUCAAAAGGAUGAGGGCGUAUUUGACUUUUUUAAAAAAAAGAAGGGUGACGGCAAGGAUGGCAAAUCAGACAAGGGUGGCAAAUCAGACAAGGAUGGCAAAUCCGACAAGGGUGGCAAAUCAGACAAGGGUGGCAAAUCAGACAAGAGCUCUGAGGAUGGAAAGAAGAAAAAGAAGACAAGGGGAAGAAGAAGGAGGGUGGUGGGAGUUCAAAUUCAUCCAGCAGUGACACUGACUGAAGGACAGAAAGAGGCUCAUGUGGAUUUUUUUUUUUUUUUUUUUUUUUUUGCAUAAGCUUGUUCUGAAACCUAUUGUGGGUCACAAAAGGUGCUUCCAUGUAAAAAUGCAGCGACUCCCAGACAUGUUUUGACACUUUUUAAGUGUAAUGGUAAAGGCUGUCUUCCAUCUACAGGGUGACAGGAUUUUCCACUUAAAAUCAAUAAAAUGUGAGAGUUUUU